AUGAAAGUGUCUCGAUUUGAUUAAUAAACCCCUACAUCACAUAAAUCAAUGACUAGCUACACCUCAAAGUCAGCUUCUUAAGAUCGUUCUAGCAAUAGGUCAUCAAAUUAAAGAAGCAAACGCUUUGAUUCGAGUGAAUAAACAGCCAAAUAGGUACUUCUUCCUAGAUAUAGCAACUUUAAUAAUAAUCAAAAUUUUGAUGAUACCACAUUAACUGAAAAGCGAGACCUUUAAAUUCCCGAUUUUGUUAAAGAAGAUAUUGAUGAUAAAAUGAAAUUGCAAAGGGAAAAUAUACUUCUCAAACAAGAAAUAAUGAAACUCUAACAUACUAUAUAAGCGAUGAACACUUCAAAUGUGAGUUUAUAAGUUCAAAAUUCAUCAUAGAAGGAAAACAUCUACUCAACCGUAAGGAAACACAGCCCUGAUAAAAGAAAGCAAAAAGAAUAUUCGAUAAAGCUUAUCCCCACAGAGAUUUAAGCAUAGUAGAUUAAUUUUAUAGGCUCAAACAAAAGACAGUCCUCUGAGAAAAGACCCUUCACCAAUUUAGAUGGCAGGUAUCAGAAUAUUGAUAGUUAUUAAACGAGCCAAUUUAAAUCUUAAAAAUCAAGCAGAAAACCUAUCUUAAGCAAAAGAAGCCAAUAAAGCACUCAUACUAAGCCUUCAAGGUUCAUUUUCGAUUCAAGUCACUUGCAAUUCCCACAGUCAAAUAGAGAUAAAUUCUAAUCGCUUUCAAAGAAUGGAAUUUCCUUUUCUCCAUGCCAGGAGCCAUAGGUAUUAAGAAGUAUGCCUAUCUAGCAAUCUAGAUCAUGCAAAGAGUUAAAAAAUAUACUACUUAACUUUCAGCUAGAUAACUUAGUACUUGAUAGUUUGAUGCCAUAAUCAACAGGAAAUUAAGAUAAUCAUAUCAAAAGUGGAUAAUAAAAUAUUGACUGUAGUUAUAAAAACUAGCAACAUAUUUCGAUGAAUUAUAAUGAUCUAUAAAUACCCUUUGAUUCCUCAGAAUUAACAAUGAAAAAGCCAUUGAUGCUAAUUAGUCCUUCAAAGAAUACUCCAGAAUUCAAUCAUGCAUCUCACAUUGAUACAGUUAAAAAUAGCUAGUAUCUUGUAUCACCAAAUAUUUAUCAGAGCUACUGUACAUUAUAAAACUAUCCAUAAGCCUAUUUAGACUAAAAUUAUCAUGGUAAUGUAAUUGAUCUUGACUAGCACUUUAGAAAUCUUUAAAAUUAAAUUAUCACAUAAAAUCAGUCAAGAUGCUAAGAUAACUAGUCUUAUAUGAUAUCAUUCAACAAGGAUUGCAGUGAAAUAAACUCUUAAUAUUAUGGAGAAGAUUUUUCUAGUCUUUAACCAUCAAUUUAUGAGUCUAUUAAAUCAAAUAGGCACUCUUAAUAUUCAGAAAAUACAAGUACCGCAAAGAAAGUUGCACCAAACAGUAGAAAAACUUCUGCCUCUAAAAGCAAUACAUUCAGAAGUAUUGAUUAGAGAAGAUAAAGCAUUAAGCCUCAUAAGACUUCCUGUAUAUCAUAUGAUGAUAAAACUAGUAGACUUUCAUUCACAAGAAAAUAAAGUAUUGAUAACAGGUCAAUGGCAGAUAAAAGUAGUUCAAGAUCAAGUAUAAAAUAAAAACUGACUGGAACUAAUUGCAACUCAAGCAUGAAUAAUGAUCAGAUCUCCAUAAAACUCGAAAACUUUGAAGUUAAAGUAAAAAACUAUUAGAUUGCUUAGAAUUCUCGGUAUGAUAUGAAUAAGAUAAACAAAAUACUAAAGAAAUUUAGCAAUGACAACAUAAAUAGACAAACAUCAAGGGACAAAAUAUAUCAUUAGAAGUAGAUCAUAGAUCGAGCAAAUUAAGUGAGUAGAAAUUCCAACUCUAAGAGCAUGAAGCAGGUGAAAACACUAUAGUAGAGCAAGUCAUAAGAUCAAAGGAAAUCAUUUAGAUUCUAGAAUAAGAGAAAGUCCUAUUAAAAUCCACUUCAAAUAAAUAAAGAUCUUGAGAUAUUCGAAGAUUUCAAAAUUUAAGCUUACUGUAAUUAUAAAAAUAAUUCUUAGCCACCUGUUUAAGAUUACCAGUCCUUCAAUUAAACAUAGACACCAAAUUAACUUAAGAAUUUGCUAAAUCAAGCAAAGUAAAACUACUAUGAUGAAAAUGUAGGAAUAACUUCUUCAGAGGUAGUUGUAUCAGAAUAAAGUGCUGAAUCUCAUCAGACUAAAAAGAAUAUACAGUUCUAAGAUUACUACUAGGUGAAUCAAAAUUAGUUUAAUCAGUUAAAUAUUAAUACUAGCUAUUAUAAUGAUCGCACUUAUAACUGUAAUUAAAAAGAUAACUAGCCUAAUAACUUGAUUGAAGAUUAAAAUAAUCAAUUUACAAAUGAAAAGUUGCAAGUAUAGACUUAGGCAUCCAAAAGAAAGGUACUCGCCUCAAUUGAAAGAAGCAUACCAAAUACAACUAUAAUGAAUAAACUCUUAAAGCCAGUUCUUUAAUAAAAGAAUAAGUCUAAAUAGAGAAAAUAGUCAAAAAAUGUCGCUAAUAGAAAAUUAAAUGGCCAAAUAAAUCAGGUCUAAAGACAAAAUAGAGAAAAUAUAAAUUUAGAUCAACCUGAAUUCCACUAAGUUAACUCUUCUUUUGCUUCCAAUCCUUAUUAGUAUGUUUCAGCAAAUGGUUGCUUUUCAAGCACAGUUUCUCCUAGAAAUAUCUCAACCAUAUCUGACAAACCCACAGAUACCAAUACUAGUUUUGUAUCUCAAAACUCUAGAUCAUAAUAUGCCUAGUAUCAAGAUUCAAGCAAGACAACCUAAAAACUUUUAAGUGGCUUACAUCAGAACCAGAAGAUUAGCAGACUUUAGAAAAGAAAAUCACUUUGCUCAGGAUAGGAUGAUUCAAUUAAAUAAAUUCUUAUUCAAAACAAGCCAUGUUCUAACUGCAGUUUGCUUCUAUCAAGAGGAUUAUCCUCUGCCUUAUGCAAGUUUAAUCACAAGUGA